AUGUCAACCAUCUAUGACGAACCCACCGGCUGCAACUGCGAUAAUGAAUCCACUCAUGAUCAAUCAGCCAUCGACGCUGCAUGCAAACAAGCAUUGCUCUUGGCAUUUGAAAAGAAAACCGUUGGGGAGGACAAAUAUCCCCACGCUUACAAUGACUACGAAGAUUUUAUCUUUCUCCCCGCCGCUAAGAAACCCUACCUUGAAUUUCCCAUUCUCUCCUGCGGCACAAUUUAUAACGGAUCAAACCCCACUUCCCCUGGUGCCGACCGCAUCGUCAUUGGAAGUAUAGCUACCGAUUACAAGUCUGCUAUUUUCUGCGCAGUGAUUACGCAUGAUGGCAGUUCCAAGGACGGGUUCACUGAGUGUAUGAAUACGGGAGAUAAUGGGGAGGGAGCUUAUGAACGAAAGGAGAAGGGAGAAGAGGGGAAGGAGGGGAGGGAAUUAUUGGAGAGAAUUGAUUGA